AUGGCCUUGUGUCAGAAUCGUCUACAGGAGGAGCGGAAGCAGUGGCGCCGCGACCACCCCUUUGGCUUCUACGCAAAGCCGUCCAGGACAAAGGAGGGUAUCCUCGACCUCAAGAACUGGGAGUGCGGAAUCCCCGGAAGGGAGAAGACGAUCUGGGAGGGCGGCCUGUUCAAGCUGACCAUGGCCUUUCCCGAAGAAUACCCGACAAAGCCACCCAAGUGCAAAUUUGUCCCACCUCUGUUCCACCCCAACGUCUACCCUUCUGGCACCGUAUGCCUGUCCAUUCUCAACGAAGACGAGGCCUGGAAGCCCGCCAUAACGGUCAAGCAGAUCCUCCUGGGAGUUCAGGACCUGCUCAACGACCCCAACCCCGAGUCCCCUGCGCAAGCGGAAGCGUAUAACCUGUUCAGGAAGGACCGGGUGGAAUAUGAGCGAAGGGUCAAGCGCGUAGUGCGCGACAAUCCGGCUCCGUGA